UCUUCCGAUUAGUCACGUUUAAUACCGUUGUUACAAACACCGCACGAUGUUUGUAAAACAUCACUGUUGAAAUCUGUUUUGUGUGAAUUAAUUUGUACAUUAAUUUUUGUAACUAGUGUGUGUAUAAUUUUCUGUAAUUAUCCUUAUAAUUAUAAAGAAAAUGGAAAUAGAAGAACCAACGAAAGAGAAUGCUGUUGAGGUUAUUAGAGAGAGUGUGAGGGAAUUGGUCCACACAGAAAGGAAGGAAAACCGUACAAGAACGUUGAAUAAAAACCGUGUGGCUUUAGGAAACAUUGCGACAAAUACACCAUUCACAACAGAAUUCGUUGUUGAAAAGGCAAAAGCCCUUAAGAAGAAAGCAUUGUCCAUCGAAGAAUAUGAGAAGCUUCAAAAUGCUCUCAUUCAGAGCGAGCACAAUGUCAAUUCUUUUCUAAAAGUGGACAAUAUCUUAUUUUCCCUUGUACGUGAUUUGUCUAGUAGCAAUUCUGCAUUGCAGUUAUGUGCUGCUAGCUGUUGUUGUAAUAUAGCACUUGGAAAUGCUAAGGCAUGUAUCUCAUUAACCAAAAGCAUUGGACCGUAUCUUGUUAUAGAGUUAGACACUUUAAACUAUCCUCUAUUGGAAAUUUGUAUAUGGACAAUGGGAAAUCUGAUUUCGGGAAGUGAUAAAGCAUUUGAGAUCCUUCAUGCUCAAGGUUGCUUGAAAUACAUUGUAUCUUUGAUACACAAUUGUGAUGAUACAAUUCUACCUUCAGUAGCCUAUACAGCUAUGCAUUAUAUGCAUACUGGUUUUAAAUGCAUAGAAGAGAACGAGAUGAUUGAACUUGCCAAUGCUGCUGUGAGAAGAAAUCUUUCAUUUGAAAAUCCGUACUUUGUUUGGUUGCUAGCAUUAUUAUCUUCACAAAAAUGCUGUAACACCUAUUUAUACAAUGUAGUACCUUUGAUAGUGGAUUAUUUGUAUCAAAAUACUACAAACAACUUCAUAUGUGUUACAGCGUGCGUAAGAAUACUGGCUAAUGUUCUUGUGCAGGAGAGAUCUGGACAAUUGAUGAAGUAUUUGUUGGAAAAUCAAAACUACCCUCCAUCAGAUUUAGUGAUAUUGAUAAACAAACUACUUUCGUGUCAGUAUAUACACAUCAGAAAAGAAACGCUAUGGUUAAUAGGUAAUCUUUGCAAUCAUGAAUCUCCCGAUGUUAAAAUAGCUGUACAAAGCAUCAUCCCUCGACUGUCAUUUUUGAAGCAAGCAAUUUUAUCUACAACCCGGCAGUAUCAGCAAAUACAGUAAAUGGAACUUGAAUAUCUUGAAUAAAUCGUCGUUCUAACCCUAUGGAAGAAUAGUCGAGAGUGUUUUCCGAUACAUCCUCGAUGCAAGGUACUUUUAUUACGUUGAAAUAUAUGCGACCCAUGAUCUGCGCUGUCGGGCUCGUCGUCGCUUUUAAACAAUGAUACAGCGUCUCGUCGCAGGCGCAGUGCGAUCUGCAAAGGUAAGGAUAAAAUUGAUCUCAAUCGCAGAUAAUUAUAAACAGUUUUUAUAUGAAUAUGCGAAUAAAGGCUUCUGUAUUUUCUGUAAUUACUUGGUAUAUACGGAGUAAUUGGUAAGAUUGUAUCGCGUUUGUUGAGCACGAAUUUUCACAGGGCAAAGGUCGUGGCUGCGACAACAUCUAGAAAAAUAAAACGCAUUAAACACAUUUUCG